AUGUCCACACAACUACCUUUUAUCCCAAACACUGAGCCAGAGCGCUGUAUCCUUGACAGCUACAAAGCAGCCUGUGCGGUUGAGCUGAACAAGUCGCUCGAUUUGCCUUUAGAAAAGGCCUAUGAAGGUGUACACGUUGGCUCAAAGAAUGGUGACUUCCAUAUUGCUCUUCCUCGCUUUAGACUGCCUGGUGACGUUAAAGAGCACGCUCAGAAGGUACAUGACAACUUUAAGCCUAACGAGUACAUUGAAAAGUGCACCGUUAAGCAGGGCUUUGUCACGUUUCAAGCUACCACUCAAAACUUUAUUAGAAAUGUCUUGGACCAGAUUCACUACAUGUCCAACAAAUCCCCAUCAGGAAAGCCAGAGUAUGGUACUUCAACCAUUUCUGGUCAGGGCAAGCACGUCAUUAUUGAGUUCAGCUCUCCAAACAUCGCUAAGCCUUUCCACGCAGGCCACUUGCGUUCAACUAUUAUCGGUGCCUUCUUGGCCAACUUAUAUGAAGCCUGUGGAUGGAAGGUUACUCGUAUGAACUACUUGGGUGAUUGGGGAAAGCAAUUCGGUCUUCUGGGUGUUGGUUUUGAGCGUUAUGGUAGCCAGGAGAAGCUCAAGGUUGACCCGAUCGGUCAUUUGUUUGAAGUGUAUGUGCGUGUCAAUAAUGAGGCAAAGGAGGAGGACGAGAAGCUUGGUAAGAAGAGUCAAGAUAUUGAAGAGGGUGGUGAUGAGCAAGACUCAGCUCCGAUAGAAGCAGGUAACACCAUCAACGACCAAGCCAGACGCUUCUUUAAACGUAUGGAAGAUGGCGAGGAAGGUCCCCUUUCUCUCUGGAAGCAAUUUAGAGAUCUUUCCAUUGAAAAGUACAAGGAUACCUACGCACGCCUUAACAUCCACUUCGACGUUUACUCCGGUGAAUCUCAAAUUUCCCAAGAAAACCAAAACAAGGCCAUUGAUGUGUUGCAUGAGAAGGGUCUCAUCAAGCAAUCAGGUCAGUCGCAAAUUAUCGACCUCGAAGAGUAUAAGCUUGGUAAGGCUGUCGUUAAGAAAAUGGACGGUACAACACUCUAUUUGACGCGUGAUUUCGCUGCAGCUGCUGAGCGUCAUGAAAAUUACCACUUUGACAAGAUGAUCUAUGUUAUUGCUUCUCAACAAGAUCUUCACACUGCGCAAUUGUUCAAGGCAAUGGACUUGAUUGGGUAUGACUGGGCCAAGAACCUUCUUCACAUUAACUUUGGUAUGGUUAUGGGUAUGUCUACUCGUAAAGGAACUGCAGUCUUCCUCGAUCAGAUCCUCAACGAAGCUAAGAGUGUUAUGCUUGAUGUGAUGAAGAAGGAUUCUAUGAACAAGUACGAUCAACUUGAAAAUCCAGAAUGGACUGCUGAUACACUCGGUUUGAGUGCUGUUAAGAUACAGGACAUGGCUGGCCGUAGAAUCAUGAACUACAAGUUUGCAUGGGACCGUAUGACUUCAUUUGAAGGUGACACAGGACCAUACCUCCAAUACGCUCACGUCAGAAUGUCAUCCAUUCAACGUAAAGUUGCUGACGAAACUGUGCUUCCUGAAGAUCCAACCAAGGAUGUUGACACCAAGCUUCUCACUGAACCAAAAGCCAGAGAGCUAGUUUAUCUGUUAUCACAGUACCCAGAUGUCGUCAAGAAUGCCCUCAAGACACAUGAGCCAAAUAACAUUGUCUCAUAUGCUUUUCAACUAACCCAUGUUGUAUCUAGCUUGCUUGAAAUGUUGAAGGUUAAAGGACAAGAAAAGAAACUGGCAGAAGCCCGUUUGUACUUGUUCAUGAGUGCCAGAGACGUUCUUGGCAGUGCGAUGCGCUUACUCACUUUGACGCCAUUAGAGAAGAUAGAUCGGAAGCGCACAAACUCAGGCUCAAGCGAUCAAAAGCCCGUGAAGCCAGUUGGAAGCACAUCUUCAACGCUCUAUAACAACCAACCAGAAGGUUUGAAGAGCUAUCAUCCAUCUCUGGUACCCCCAACAGCUGAAGAGGCUGCUAGAUUAGCACACCAGACUCCCCCUCACACAUCUCCCACAACCGUCGCAGACGCUGAAGGCUUGUACACGUACUCUACCAGUUUCAGGAAGGCAUCUCUUGAAGCUAACGCCCGCAAACCAUCUCUCCCUCAUUUGAAGCCUUCAGAGCUUCCAAGCCCAUUCGAUUCAGCUGCCGCAGAGAAGAAAGAAGACGACGAUAGAAGAAAGGCUAUGACACAUUCUCUUGAGUCGGAUCCUGCUCACACGUCAACGCCGUCAGCACAGUACGCAAAGCUAUCAGUCGAUCAAACCAUCGCUCGAUUAAACACAAACCCUAAAGACGGAUUGAGCUCUGCCGACGUGAAAGAAUUGCGCCCUAGAUACGGUUUUAAUGAAUUCUCGGUUGAAGCAGGUGACAGCUUAUUCAAAAAGUUCUUCGAGCAGAUUUACGAAAGUCCGCUGAUCCUUCUCUUACUCGGUUCGGCCGUUGUCUCAGCUUUGGUUGGUAACGUAGACGAUUCAAUUAGUAUAUCUCUUGCAGUAAUUAUCGUUUUGACUGUUCAAUUCGUCCAAGAAACGCGCUCAGAGAAGUCUUUGCAAGCAUUAAACAAGCUCGUUCCACACUACUGUCACUUGGUCAGAGGUGGCCAAAACUCAUCACCGCUCGCCAACGACCUUAUUCCAGGCGAUGUCGUUACUUUCUCAACUGGCGACCGUAUCCCUGCAGACGUUCGCAUUAUUGAGGCAGUUGACCUUGAGAUCGACGAGAGCAACCUCACAGGUGAAACCAAACCAACGAAGAAAACCACUGAGCAAUCUGAUUUGUUGAACGUCGGUGUUAGUGACCGCAAAUGUAUCGCACAUAUGGGAACCCUCGUUAGAAGUGGUCACGGUAGAGGUUUGGUUGUUGGUACUGGCUCCGAGACUGAAUUUGGUGUUGUCUUUACUAUGAUGCAGGACGUUGAAGAGCGCCGCACACCUCUUCAAUACUCAAUGGACGAACUCGCUAAGCAGCUCUCUAUCAUCUCCUUUGCUGUUAUCGGUGUUAUAUUCCUGAUCGGUAUUAUUCAAUCACGCAGCUGGCUCGAAAUGUUCACAAUAGGUGUUUCUCUCGCUGUCGCAGCUAUUCCAGAAGGUCUUCCAGUUGUCACUACUGUCACUCUCGCACUCGGUGUUCUCCGUAUGAGCAAGCGCAAGGCCAUUGUCAAGAAGCUCCCAUCUGUCGAGUCACUUGGCUCUGUUAGCGUUAUUUGUUCAGAUAAGACAGGUACCCUCACAAAAAAUAUUAUGACUGUCACCAAAGCAUUCACAGUUCCAGAUGGUCCUAUUUCUAUAGACGGCAAGCUCGAUAAAAUCAGCCCAGCCCUCGAACGUACACUACUUAUUGGAAACAUUUGUAACAACGCAAGGAAGGAUGAGCACGGUAAGAAUGUUGGACAACCUACUGAUGUAGCCCUUGUCGAUGUUAUUGAAGGGCAAGGUACAAAUGAUAAACGUACGUCAUUUGUACGCCGUCAUGAACAAGCAUUCUCGUCAGAGUCCAAGGUUCAAUUAGUCACCGGUACACUUGCUAGCGAUGCUGAGGGCAAACCACAAGAGUGCAACUACCUUAAAGGAGCAUUGGAGAGAGUCUUGGAGCGUUGCGACAGCUACUUGACAGCAUCUGGUCAUCACACCGUCCGUCUCGACGAUUCUACUCGCCAGCUCAUCCUCUCAAGGGGUAAUGAAUGUGGUGACAAAGGAUUGAGAAAUAUUGGUAUGGCAUACAGAAUCAGCAGCAACAUUUCAGAUUUCACUAGUGGUUUCAUAUUUACAGGUUUUCAAGGUAUGAAGGAUCCACCAAGACCUGGCGUGGCUGCUUCCAUCGCUUCAUUGCAAAGAGCAGGUGUUCACGUUGUUAUGAUUACCGGUGACGCUGAGCGUACUGCACUUGCUAUUGCUAGAGAGUUGGGCCUCUGUGUCAGACCAGCAUCACCAAGCACCAACUCACGCAGAGAUACGAGCGAGUGUCUCACUGGUUUGGAGCUGGAUAACAUGUCAGAGAGAGAGCUGAUGGAGCGUAUUAACAGUGUUAGUGUAUUUGCUAGAACCUCACCAAAGCAUAAGAUGAGAAUUAUCGGAGUACUACAGAAGCUUGAGAAAGUCGUUGCGAUGACGGGUGAUGGUGUUAAUGAUGCACCUGCUCUCAAGAUGGCUGAUAUUGGUGUUAGUAUGGGUAAAGGUGGUACAGACGUGGCCAAAGAGGCUGCUGAUUGUAUUCUCGUCGACGACAACUUUGCAACGCUUUUGCCAGCUGUUGAAGAAGGAAAGAGUAUUUUCUACAACAUACAAAAUUUCCUCAGCUUCCAGCUUUCUACUGCCGUCGCUGCACUCAGCUUGAUCACUAUUUCCACAGCACUACGCAUGCGCAACCCACUCAAUGCCAUGCAGAUUCUCUUCAUCAACGUAAUCAUGGAUGGACCACCAUCACAGUCACUUGGUGUAGAUCCAGUGAACAAGACGGUCAUGAAGCGUCCACCUCGUCCAAAGAAUGCGUCAGUCAUUACCAACAGGCUCCUAACAAGAGUACUUUUCUCUGCUUCAAUAAUUAUCACUGGUGUUCUUUUCAUCUAUGCUUACGAAAUUGGAGACGGAUUUUCAACUCGCGACCAGACAAUGACUUUCACCGCGUUCGUUGUUUUGGACUUGGCCAGUGCGCUUCAAAACAGGGGAGUUACAUGUGGAUUCGGCGACAACAAGAUGUUGCUUAUAACUGUGGCAGUUUCAUUCCUUGCGCAGAUGUGCUUUGUCUACAUCCCUACGCUUCAAGCUGUGUUCCAAACGGAAGCACUUGCGUUGAGAGAUAUGGGUGUGCUUAGCUCACUCGUCCUCUUCUCUAUCGGAUUACACGAGAUCAGAAGACGUUGGGAGAGAGAGCAAGAGAGGAAGGACGCGCUGUUCUCAUUCUCGAAUGACGACGUGUAG